UUCCAUCAUCUUCGUUUAUCUAUCAAUCCAUCUAUCUAUCUACACAGUACACAUAACAUGGACACCAACACACUCUCACUCUCGUCACUUCUUCCUACUUUGGGUCUUCUUUCGUCUCAAAAGCCAACUUGUACUCGUUACAUCCUUCCUUCACAUAAACAUUUUUUCAAACACUUUUCCUCCACUACUCGCACCUUCAAGUUCACUACUCCACAAGCCAUUCUAAACCCCCCUACAGCGGUCACCACUCCCACUCUCACACAAAUAUGCCAACCGCAUGUUCCUCAGCAUAUAUUACAAAGGAUGGAAGAGAUUGGAUAUGUAAUGCCCACCGAUAUCCAAAGGGAAGCAUUGCCUUACCUUUUUUCAGGGCGUGACUGCAUACUUCAUGCUCAGACAGGUUCUGGGAAGACACUCACGUACCUGCUUUUGAUCCAUUCCAUCAUCAAUGCUGAAAAAUCCUCUGUGCAAGCCUUAGUUGUGGUGCCCACCCGUGAACUUGGCAUGCAAGUCACUAAAGUUGCUAGGACAUUGGCUGCAAGGCCAACUGGAGUCGAUGGGGAGCACAAGUCAUGUUCCAUCAUGGCUCUGCUAGACGGAGGAACACUGAAAAGACACAAGAGUUGGUUAAAGGCAGAGCCUCCAGCAAUAGUGGUUGCAACAGUUGGGAGUUUAUGCCAAAUGCUUGAAAGACAUAUUUUUUCACUUGAAACUGUACGGGUGCUGAUUGUUGAUGAGGUUGACUGCAUUUUCAAUUCUUCAAAGCAAGUGAGUUCUCUUCGAAAGAUUUUGACAUCAUAUUCUUCUUGCAAUAACCGUCAGACAGUUUUUGCCAGUGCAUCUAUACCACAGCACAACCGAUUUAUUCAUGACUCUAUGCAGCAGAAAUGGACAAAAAGAGAUGUGGUCCAUAUUCAUGUCAGUGCUGUGGAGCCCAUGCCAUCACGCCUAUAUCAUAGAUUUAUAAUAUGUGAUACCAAAAGAAAAUUACAAACCCUGUUAUCCUUGAUACAAUCUGAUGCACCUGAGUCUGGCAUCAUAUUUGUUGCUGAGCAGUCUGAGAAGUCAAAAAAGGCUGGAAAUGCUCCAUCAACAUCCCUUCUGAUUGACUUUUUGAAGACAUCAUACCAAGGUGAUUUAGAUAUCCUCCUCCUUGAAGACAAAAUGAAUUUCAAUUCACGAGCAGCUUCACUGUUGGAGGUUAGAAAGGGAGGUGGCUAUCUUCUUGUAGCGACAGAUAUAGCUGCUAGGGGAGUUGACCUUCCAGAAAUGUCUCACAUUUACAACUUUGAUCUGCCAAGGACUGCUAUAGAUUAUCUUCAUCGAGCAGGGCGAACUUGUAGAAAACCCUUUUCUGACAUCAAUUGUACUGUUACCAGCAUUAUAGUUUCGGAUGAGCGAUUUGUCCUGCAGAGAUAUGAAAAUGAGUUGAUGUUUAACUGUGAAGAGCUUGUUCCAUAAACCCUGGCUAAACUCUUUGAAAUAUUUUAAAAUAUCAUAUGGGCACUGAUAUAAUGUUAAAAUAUCAACAAGUUUCUAUAGAAAAACACAAAUUCUGGACUAUACCAAGAUGGAAUGGGUGCGUGAGAUUUUGAAGGGAAAGACAAGGGAGGAUAAAAUUUUUAUUUUUAAAUUAAGUUAUAUUAUGUAUGAAAAAAAAAACUAGGACAUAAAUGCUUUGGAAUGUGAUUUACGGAAGAAGGAUUUUGCUUAGACCGAAAAGAAUGGGAAAACAAAAUCUUCCCUUGGUUGUUUGUCGUUUACAGCAAUGGAAGAAAUCGUUGGAAUGGGACUCGCUUCUAUUUUCCUGCGAUGGUAGCACUCGAACAAGAGACCACUUCGUCAUUCUCUGGUAACUGCUAUGUCCUUCAGUUCUUGUCUCUUCUUUCACCAAUAUCCCAUAUGUUUUGUAUAUUGUUGGCCAUUAUGGAGGAAAGUUGUAAUUAAGGACAAACUUAUCAUUUAAACAAAAAAAAAGCUCUCUUUUUCCCUUUUUACUCAUCCAAAUUAUAGGAGGGAAACUUCAUCCUUUUUUCCCUUUUAAUUUCUACUAAGAACAAAAAAUUCUAUUUUUUUUCUUUAU